GUUUCCACACAGCACGUGUUGUAGUGUCAGAAGAUACACUGCAGAACUUUGCUAAGGAUUUAACCCUGUUGAAAAGUUCAUGAGAGCAAAUUUAUCAUCCAUCUGUGAUCAGGUACAAGUGACCUAUGGUUUCUAAAGCCUCCAUUGAUAAUGUGAUUGUGAAGGUAAAACAACUGUGUCAGUCGCAGGGGUUUGUUUAUGAAACUGCCGGCAAAGAAACAACCAAGUAUGGCUUUGGUCCAGCUGGGACUUUGUUACGACGGAAUAUACUUCAAGAAUGGUAUCAGGCGAUGGUGACAACUCAGGAGAACACCUAUGUGAUAGAGGAGCCUACUGUGUGUUUAUCUGAGGACACCCACGAAGAGCAACACAGGGAAGGAAAUCAAGUGAGGUACAAAUACAGUUUGAAAUCAUCACUCUCAGAAGGAUGUCUGUCUCACUACCUCAGACUGCUAGAGUUGAACAGCCACAGGUUCCCUUUCUCCAUCUGUCAGACAGGCCUUUACCAGAACAUCUCACCAUCAGAUACAUAUCUCAUAAGGUGUGGACAGCAGACAGGCCUGACCCUGCAGUAUUUUUCCCCACCCUCACUGUCCACCCAGUCCUAUGACAACUGGCAGAGGGCAAGGCUCAAAUGGUGGAGGCAGCUGAGUCAGAAUCCCUCAAGCUUUUCUCUGUCAGAUAUAAAGUCAGAGUCAGGACUGAUGAAGACAGACAUCCAGUAUGACUUCUCCUGGGGCAAAGACAGUGUGGAAACCAUCGUUAACAGAGAUGUGGAUCUCAAGGAAAUGGAAAUGCAUACUGGACUCUCUCACCAGGGUAAACAUGGAAGAAAGCCAGUAUUCCCUGUUGUUAUAGAAUGUUCCACAUCGUUAGAGAAGGCUAUGCUGGCUUUCAUAAUGGAUUCUUUAAGUGAAAAGGAAAGGAGUGUAUCAAAAGAUAAAGCCAGUGAAAUGAGAAUGAUACUAAGGAUUCAUCGUGGUCUGGCGCCAUAUAAGGCAGCCACGGCUAUCAGCGGGCCUGGAGGAGGUAGAGAGCUGAAGGAAGUAGCAAAUCAUGUGUCUAAAGAACUGAGGCAUGCUGGGAUUGAUGUAUUUGAUGCUUUAACCGACUCCAGUAUGUCUCUAGAGAAUCGUGUUACUAGGUUUGAUGAACUAGGAGUACCAUUUUCCGUUAUAUUGAAUGUUACAACAUUAAAAGAUGGGAUUGUAGGUCUGAGAAAUCGAGAUACAACACUAAAGGAACAAGUCCAUAUCACAAGAUUAAAAGAUACAAUUUGGAAGAACAUCAAAUUAUCAUAACACUGAUCAUUGGAACCUCUAAUGCUGGCAUCAGGAGGCAGAUUCAUGUACUAUAGGUGAAAUACUACUACUACUGUUUUAAGUUUGUUUGACCUUGAAACUAUUUACAUGUAUACCUGCUGAGUGGACCCCUUUUGACAAAGGGAUGUCACUGUGUUAUAACACGAAAAAUAAUGAUUUACUUUGUAUUACAGAAAGUGACCAUUUAUGACUUUGUAUUACAGAAAGUGACCUUUUAACUAGGCAUUAAAGAGAAAUUUUACUAUUUGUAUGUUUCACCGUGUUAUUUAUAUGAAGUUAGGAACUGAAAUACAGCACUAUUCGGCUCACUAAAAACGAGACAAAAUAGUAGCAUUGCCUAAG